UCCAAUGCUGGGGUUCAGUUUCUGACAACAUGUGGGUGACGUGUCUGGGAUUUGCUCUUCUGCUGUGGAUUCCUGGGGAGCUGCAUGGUCAAGGUGUAAAGCAGGCUUGUCGCGCUCCCAGCCUGGACCAUGGAUAUUUCCUCCCUGAGAUGGAAUCCUAUCCUCAUGAAACACACAUCAGAUAUGCCUGUGAUAACGGAUAUAAACCUAAAGUGGAAGGCUGGUGGGCAAUUGCCAUAUGUAAAAAUGGUAAUUGGUUUCAUGAGCCACAGUGUAUUAAGGAAACAGCCUGCAUUCCACCAACAAUUCCCAAUGCAAAAGCCAUCCAAACCUCAACAGGCUUUUUUGAACAUGGACAUCAACUAGCGAUAACAUGUAACAAUGGUUAUGUACCCAAGAAGCAGCAAACUGUGGCUCAGUGUGAAGACGGAGCAUGGAGCUCUGUGCCAGUCUGUGAAAAAAACCCCAGGGCAUGCAAUGAACCACCCCAAAUCCCCUUUGCAGUCAUCACUCACCAGAAAUACCAGGAGGUGUUUGAUAUGGGUUCAGAAGUGGAGUAUCAGUGUGCAGACGGUUAUGUUACAGAGACAAAACAGACAAAGAAAUCCAUCACUUGUAAUAAUGGAAACUGGACUGAAGGCCCAGUGUGCAAAUCUGCAGCUCUCUCAGAGUCGAAUGAAGGAGACUCUCAACUGUUUUUAUCAAUUGACAAAUGUGGAGAAUUCCCUGAUGUUCCCAACAGUUUAAGAGAACAAGAUGGACAACGUUCUCUGAAGUACAGAUGUGUACUCCUGUACAAGCUGGUGGGUCCAGGGACAGUGGUGUGUCACAGCAACGGAAAGUGGUCUGAAGUCCCCACCUGCAAAGAGAACUUCUGUAAAAUGAACACUGCAGAAUAUCCUGACUUAAUAAAUGUUGGAGUUGAAUAUAUAGAAAAUGGUGAAACGAAGGAGCUGGAUUGCACAAAUGUGCAUAUUUUUACCAAUUACUCUGUGGUCAAGUGUGUUAAUGGAAAACUGCAGAAGACCAGAUGUUGUAACAGAGUACAAAUCUCCACAGGUUCCUGCUGAGGCUGCAAUAUUAAGAUGAUUGUGUUGGACUGAAAACACUUGUGAACAUGGAUUCUGUGACUCUCCAACACCACAUGAACAAAAGACACAAGUUUGCCUGAACAAAAUAAAGCUUUGUUUUGUCUCAUGUAAAU